AAUAGAACAUAUUUACAGUUUCGGUUGGAAACUUGCCACCUUCAACCAAGGUACUCAUCAAAAUCACCUACAUCACGGAGCUCAUUUUCGAGAAUGGAUGCCUAUCUUUUCACAUGCCUGCCACUGUGGCUCCUUGGCAACAGGACAAAGCAUUAAAUGAAAUCACACAGGACUCAGUAAAGAAAGUUACCAUAAAGCAAUUAGGAUCAAAAGCAGGUGAAUUCUAUUUGCAAAUGUCAGUUGAAAUGCCUUUCAAAAUAAAUUGCAUUAGCAGUUGGACUCAUCAACUGAGAAUAAAGAAAACAGACUGUAAAGCUAUUGUCCGUACCAUUGAGGGUAGUUCCUUGGAUACACGUGGCUUUGUAAUGGAAAUUGAGAUUGGUGAUGUACAUUUGCCCAGAAUGUGGGUAGAAAAGCAUCCAGACAAGAAGAGUGAGGCAUGCAUGCUUGUCUUUCAACCAGAAUUUGAAGCACCAUUAGACCCUCUAAGCCCCCAUGGCGAAACUAUUAUCUGCCUUGAUUGUUCUAACUCCAUGGCAGGCUCAGAAAUCCAACAAGCCAAGCAGAUUGCAUUAUGUUUUCUAGAUUCUUACUAUGUUACAGAAAAACUAAACGUGAUCAAAUUUGGCACAAAUUUUGUUGAAUGCCCUUACAAUUCUGAAGACUUCAAAGUGGAUUAUGCAAAUCUGGAGGAGUUUAUCAUGUCUGCUACAGCUACAAUGGGAAACUCAGAUUUGUGGAAGACUUUACAUUACCUGAGUUUGCUCUACCCUUCUAAAGAGAAACGCAACAUUCUUCUUAUAUCUGAUGGCCAUAUUCAGAAUGAAGCAAUGACCCUGCAGCUUGUGAAACAGAAUGCAAAGCACACUAGAAUAUUUACAUGUGGAGUUGGGCCUGCAGCAAAUCGUCACAUGCUGAGAUCUUUAUCCCACUAUGGAGCUGGAGCCUUCGAACAUUUUGAUGCAAAGUCAAAGUACAAUUGGGAGAGAAAGGUAAGAAGUCAGAAGGAUAGGAUGUCUUCUCCAGGAUGUAAUGCGGUCUCAAUUAAAUGGCAACAGUUUGACACAAAUGCACCUGAACUGACAUAUGCUCCUGCUCAGAUACAGUCUCUGUUUAAUCAUGAGCGUCUUCUUGUUUAUGGAUUUAUCUCCAAUUGCACUCAGGCCACUUUACAUGCACUAAUAGAUAACCAAGAACUACAGACAAUGGUGUCUACAACUGAAUUGCAGAAGACAACAGGAACUAUGCUUCACAAACUUGCAGCAAGAGCCUUCAUUAGGGAUUAUGAACAAGGAGUUCUUCAUGAGAAUGAAACAGAACAUGAGAUGAAGAAACAGCAGUUGAAAUCCUUGAUUAUUAAGCUCAGCCUGGAGAACUCCAUCGUGACCCAGUUUACAAGUUUUGUUGCAAUUGAAAAAAGGACAGAGAAGGAAAGCCAGAUCGCUGAUACUAUGAAUGUUUUGGAACUGGUCAACAAGGAAGAUGUAGACAUCUUACCUUACAUGCAGUAUCAAGAACCUGAGGGAGUACCGUGGAAAGGUUUACCACUUGCUGAUGACACAUGGGAACCAGAAGAACAUUUAGAAGACUGUAGAGAGUUUCAAAAGAAAAUAGUGGAUGCUAAGCCUAAACUUGUUAAAAAAGAGAUACAGAAGCUGCCUUUAAAUCAUGAUCUUUUUGAAGCAGAUUCUGAAGCAGAAAGUGACUGGCAAAGUGAUUCAAAAGGAGAUCAAUCUCCAAAGAAGAAAAAGAAAAAACAUAAAGAGAAGGAGGACAAAAGCCAGGAUGAGAUGCAAAAGAAAAAAUCUAAAUCAGCAAAAGGAAAAGAUAGACCUGGACUGGAAUGUGAAAAUUCCUGUGAUAGUUUGGCUUCGGAUUCAAAACCGAAAAAAAGGACUUCAGAAUCAAGGGAAGAUGUGAAAGAGUCCAAAAAGCAGAGGAGGGAGGAUGUAAAAGAAACCACUAAAAAGAAAGCAGAAGUCAAAGAAGGGAAGAAAAAAUUAAAAGAGGAGUCUAAGAAUAAAAGUAUGCCAAAAGGAAAACACAGUCCUCAUUUAGAUCUGGAAUCCAGCCCAUUGGAGGACUCUUUUUCUCAAGCUGCUGAUAUUGAUGAUUUAGACUCAGACAGCAGUGCCGAAAAACAUAACACGUGUCCUGAAAAAGAAGAAUUAGAAGAGGAAAGGACGCCUUGGGUUUCAGUUCAGCAACCAGACAGUUCAUCAAGCACAGAUGAUAGCUGUGAAGCAAAAGUUAAGAGAAAAAAGAAGAAACACAAAAAAUCUGAAGAACGUGAAGAUAGUAGAAAAGUUGACAAGUAUCUGGAAAAGAAAAGCACACAUAGAAAGCAUAAGGUACCAGAGAAAGCAAAAGCUGCUGCUGAGCCGGACAGUAAGAGACCAACAACACCUAGCCCUGUGCAAAAAAGUUUGAAAAUAUCCCCCGAUGAGAGAGGGCGAAAAUCAACUGAUUCCACCGGGGAAGUAAGCAAUACAAAACUGAAAAGCAAAGAGGCUAAAUUGGGACAGUCCUAUGCCAGGGAUGUGCUUCAAAAGACAACUGUUGCUGAAGGCAAAGAUAAAACUACCAAUUGGAGAGUUGGUGAGGAGAAAAUGAAAGAGAGGCCUACUCUGCAAUCCGUAGCAGAGAGCCUGUUUGAAAAAUUUAAACUGGAUUCUGACUACAGUAGAGGAGGAACCAUUGGCAGCAAGAAGAAUCUUUCUAAAAGUGAUCUGAGUGCUGAGGACGUCUCCAGAGAAAGAAACACAUUGUCUAAGGAAAAAGAAAUUAAAAAAGGUGAAGCAAAAGAGAAACUUCAGAAAAGACUUGAAUCUGAAAAGGAAGAAAAGGUCAAAAAAGAACAGAAGGGAUUCAAAAGUUUGAAAGAGAUCAAGAAUGCAUUUGAUGUAUUUAGCAUCUCUUCAGAAGAAAAAAGUGAAUACUUGGACAAUAGAAAAAAAGAAGAGGCAGGACAUGACUACAGAUCCAUAGAUGAAUUCAGAGCAAAAGACCGACAGUUAUAUAGCAGGAGCACAAGAGAUGAGACAGAUACCUGGGCUUAUAUUGCAGCAGAGGGUGACCGUGAUGUGACUGAGGAGACUUCAGAUGCGAAGCAACAAACUGUGAGCUUGGGCAUGGACAUGCAGUUAGAGUGGCUGUCACUGGAAGACUUUCAGAAGCAUCUUGAUGGAGAAGAUGAGAAUCACUUGCCUGUUGAAGUAAUAUCCUCUACUCAGCUGCGGGAUGCUGUUAAAAAUGGACACUAUGCUACAGUAAAGAAGGCACUUAAUUCAAAUGAAGAGUAUAAUCUUGAACAGGAGGAUUCUAGCGGAAUGACUCUUGUGAUGCUCGCUGCUGCAGGAGGUCAUGAUGAUAUUCUUCGGCUUCUCAUCAGGAAAGGGGCUAAAGUUAAUUGCAGGCAAAAAAAUGGAACAACUGCUUUGAUACAUGCAGCUGAAAAGAACAAUCUCACUACAGUAGCCAUCCUUUUGGAAGCUGGAGCAUAUAUGAAUUUGCAGCAAAAUAGUGGUGAAACGGCUUUAAUGAAGGCUUGUAAGAGAGGAAAUUAUGAUAUUGUCCGUCUUAUGAUUGAAAGUGGCGCAGACUGCAACAUAUUAUCAAAGCAUCAGAACAAUGCCCUUCACUUUGCAAAACAGUGUAAUAAUUUGCUAGUGUAUGAUCUCCUCAGCAGCCACUUGACUACAGUCUCACGAGUUGCAGAAGAUGCAAUCAGAGAAUAUUUUGAAGCUCGUCUUAGUUUGAUGGAGCCUAUAUUUGAUAUUGCGUGUCAUAGGCUUUGUGAGGGGCCAGAUUAUUCUUCUGAAUUCACCUACAAGCCCCCACAGAGUGUCCCUGAAGGAUCUGGAAUUCUCUUAUUCAUUUUCCAUGCAAACUUCUUUGGAAAAGAUGUUAUUCCUCGGCUCUGUGGACCAUGCAGUGUGCAAGCUGUGGUUCUGAAUGACAAAUUCCAACUGCCUGUGUUCUUGGAUAGUCACUUUAUUUAUUCCUUCAGUCCGAUCCCAGGCCUUAACAAGCUCUUCAUAAGGUUGGUAGAAGCUCCUACUGCCAAGGUGAAGUUGCUGAUAGGUGCAUACAGAGUACAGUUGACCUCAUGAACCUAACACUGAUUGUAUUUUUUAUUGGAAUAUACUUUCCUUUUUGCGUCUGAUCAAGCAGUUUGGAACUCCUGAUGCAUUCAAUAUGAUGUUUGUGCUACAACCUCUGUUUAUUUUGACUCCAUUUACAUGUGAAACAUCAUACUAGUAGAAGAUGGGGUGCUUAAGAAACUGGAUAAGAUGGUUUUAUUUUAUAUAGAUAUAACUGUAUUUGUGCCAAUAACUAUAAUUCCAUUUCUAAGUUGGAAAGUCCAGACUGCGUAUCUCAGCAUUUCCACAAUGUGGAAUGGUGCAAACACCUUAAGAUAAACUAUAAUUUUUAAAAGCCAAGUUCUUGAUUUUAAAGGCUAAAAAAAUUGUCCUGACUUCUUUGUUUAUAUUUAAACUGUCAUUUUUUUUUUAGCAAGAAGAACUAAAUUUGUUAUUGCUGUUACACAGGAAGAUAAACAGUAUUUCAGCUUUGAUGUAACAAUUAGGGCUUAAACAUAAGAUUAAUACAAGUUGGGCUAGCAGUUGGUUAGUUUGUUCAAAAAAAAAAAACUGGGCAGAAUGAUGAAAUUUACUGUUCCUGAUAAAGGUUUAGCAGGUAUUAAAUAGCAUUAUAGGUACUUUCAGGCUUUUUUAAAGGUAGACCAUAUGUAUAGAUUUAUUCUAAUCUUGUACUGCUGUGUAUUGCCCCUGAAGGAUUAAUCUUUUGCCCUCAUUGAUUCAUGUUUAUUAUAGUAGUUCAGUGUUAAUAAAAAUGUAAAACAUA